AUCAAAGUAAAAUUCACGUUUCUUCAGUCAAGAUGUUUCGUACAAAGCAACUUGAGCCCGCCAAGGACGAUGAGCGCAACAAGGCAGAAGUUCGGGCCAACUUGGUCGUUUUCGCCGUUCUUUGCGCUGUCAUUCGGAUUGUGCCGUUUGUGAUCAACAAACUCAGCUCCUAAAGCAAAUCCGAGGAAGUAGAACUCGCACCAGGAGCUCUACGAAUCUCCAACAGCUUCAAAAUGACACAAUGACCAAAUGGCUUUCGCAUACCGAACUACGUCUUUCUGCCGCAAAUUGGAAACAAAAAGCACGUUACCUUCUUUGUUCUCUGUUACGAAUCUUAAUAGCUCUGCUAACAAUUAAAAUUUAAAUGAAUUGACUGAAUGCCGCAGAAGGCCUAAAA